AUGGCGUUUUCCUGGCUUUUUCGCUGCGUUGCAGUGCCCUGGGUGUUCCUCUGCAAGUGGAUACCAGUUCUUCUUGUGCUCGACUUAGUCGGCACGUCUGUAGCGGUCUACCGCUUUAUUCUGGUUGGCCUCAUCCUGCCCUGGUACACCAGACAGGACCUUGUCACUCCUCCUUCGGUGUAUCAUCGCAACGCCGGUUUCGCUCUGCUGGUUGUGUUUUCCGCCUGUCUCUUCCUCCUCGCUGGAACGCUGGCUACGUUGUGGAUACGUGCUGCGCAGAUCUACAGAGGCCGCCGCCUGCCCAAGCUCGCGGACUUCGGUCCAAAAGCCUGUAUGCAGGCAUGGGACUCGGCUUUCAUGUCGUUGCGCUACCUGAGAACUGGCAACCGCCCCAAUCUCUGCGUCGCGUGCACAAAGGAACCCCGGCUUCUGGAGGAGGGACCUCGCAUACUCGACCGCUGUUAUCACUGCGUCACCACCAAGGGCAAGGUCAUCGGCUGUCUGCCUGUUUAUGACCACUAUUGCUGGUGGUUGUGGACGGCGGUCUGCGCGUACACCAUCAAGCCCUACCUAUUGGUGAUGAUCUACGUCCCGCUUUUUCACACGGUCGCCCUCGCCAUCCUUGGCUGGUCGCUGAGUCUGCCGUCCCAGUCCUCGCGUCAGACCUUCGUCGCUCUCGCUGUCGCCUUCCCGCUCAUGAUCAGUUGGGUGUAUUUUGCACCGGCUGUGAAGCAAUGGAAGCGGCUAGGGUGUCAAAACUCGCCUCACCGCGAGUUUGUCAAGUACGCUCGUGGACGCAGCCGGCCAGAGUGGCCGAUGGUAAUCCGUCUGCCCGAUGGAUCAUUCAAGCACCAUGUCACGCAUCGCAGCCCAUGGGAUCUCGGAACCGACGGCAACCUCCGCGCCGCUCUUGGUGACCGUCUCUGGCUUUGGCCUUUGUUUUGGGUGGUCCCACGGUACGUCCAGGAAUACGGCAAGAGCGAGGACUCGGACCUGCCCUUCUCCCGCGCCUUCCUUGAGGAGGCUGAGGCCAUUCGUGCCUCAUGUGUGGAAGUCGAGCUCCAGCCACUCCCUGCCCGCCGCCAGCACCCCUUCUCUUCGGAUAUUUGA